GUUACCCGAACGUUUUGGGUAGGAUCGGCAAAUUUUCCCACAUAAGUUCUUGUAAUUCCCAAUUUACCUAUUUCCCCGCCCCUUUUAACCAGAUAUUCUCUCCAGUCUCCGCGCCAUCAUCUGCUCUGAGACUUAAACCCCGCCACACUAAACCACGGCGGCGGCGGUGGCGUUUGCAGCCUUCGGCUUAAGAUCUGAGAGGAGGCAGCCUCGGGCAGUCAAUUUCUUAAAAUUGGAUAUACAUUCUUUUUCUAUUUCUAAAGGUUGAGAUGGCUAGCUUAAUUUCGCAAAAUACUGGUCUGAAGGAUCGGUCACUUAAGGUUAAGCCUCCAGUUAAUGAUAUUUCAAACCAGAGUCAUGAUGGGAAAGGGAGAAAGAGGAAGAAAGAGUCAAAGGAAGGUAAUGAUGAGUUAGAGAUUGCGCAACAGAGGGAAUGAAGAAGCUAGAAAAUUCUUUGUUUGGUUCAUUGUACUCUCCUGUUGAAUUUUCAAAGCAUGAAGAUGAUGAAGUUGGAGUUCAGGUGGAUGAAACUCCUGCUCUGUUUAUCGUGGACAGGUCUCCAAGUAGUGGUUUGUCUGUCUAUGAAGAAGACCACGACUUGGCUGACGAGAGUAGUGAUAAGGAAACUGUGCAAAGAAAACCUGUAUGGGUAGAUGAAGAAGAGCAGAAUAUCUCUGUGAACAUAGCUAAAGUGAACAGAUUGAGAAAGCUCCGGAAAGCAGAAGAAGAGUUUGUAAUUUCUGGUUCUGCUUAUGAAUCCAGACUGAGGGCGCAGCAUGCGAAGUUAAAUCCUGGUACUGAUUGGGCAAACCUUGAUUCUCGAGAAAUGAACUCUGGCUCUGACAGUGAAGAUUCAGAUGUCGAAGAUAGCAACGCCACAGCUGCAGUUGUGGGCGACAUUCUUCGAACUGAUGAGGAUCUAGUUGUGAAGGAUGGUUCAAAAUUGCUACCUGGAAUUCUUGAGUAUUCAAGACUGGUUGAUGCCAACUUGGAAGAACCUUCUAGUGGUCCAAUAAACUCAGUUCAGUUCCACAGGAAUGCCCAGCUACUCCUUGCUGCUGGAUUGGAUAGAAGACUGAGAUUUUUCCAAAUCGAUGGGAAAAGGAAUACUAAGAUUGAGAGUAUCUUCAUCGAAGAUUGCCCAAUUCGAAAGGCAUGUUUCUUACCUGAUGGGUCUUCUGUUAUUGCUGCAGGGCGAAGAAAGUUCUUCUAUAGCAUUGAUUUAGUGAAAGCAAAGGUUGAUAAAAUAGGUCCUCUAACUGGUAGAGAGGAGAAGAGCUUGGAAGCGUUUGAGGUUUCUCCUGAUUCUAAAAUGAUAGCUUUUCUCGGUAAUGAAGGUUACAUUUUGUUAGUUUCGUCCGAAACAAAAGAAUUAAUCGGGACACUCAAAAUGAAUGGAACAGUUCGAUCGAUAGCCUUUACCAGUGAUGGUAAUCAACUGUUGGGUUCUGGAGGAGAUGGCGUGAUUUACCACUGGGAUUUAAGAACAAGAACUUGCUUUCACAAAGGUGUUGAUGAAGGCUGCAUUACUGGAACCUCUCUUUGCACAUCGCCAAAUGGAAAUCUUUUCGCAGCUGGUUCAGACAGUGGAAUUGUUAACGUGUACAAAAGUGAUGACUUUUUAGGGGGGAAGAGAAAACCAGCCAAGGUUAUUGAGAACUUGACCACUAAGGUUGAUUUUGUGAAAUUCAAUAAUGAUGCAAAGAUUUUGGCAAUCUGUUCGAGCAUGAAAAAGAACAGUCUAAAAUUGAUCCAUGUUCCGUCAUUUACUGUUUUCUCAAACUGGCCUCCUUCAAAUAAAAGCUUGCACUAUCCCAGAUGCCUAGACUUCAGCCCUCACGGAGGUUUGAUGGCAAUGGGAAAUGCUGGAGGAAAAGUACUGUUGUACAAGUUGCAUCACUGUCAUCAGUCGUAGUAAAGUCAACGAAUGGCUUUAGCCUUUCCCUUUGUUCUUCACAAUUAUCUGGGGAGCAUAUGCUUAGGCAUCUGAAAAUACAAUCAGUUGCAUGGGUGCAAAUGGGAUCAGCUCGUACAACCUCAAGAUGAAAGUAGAUUUUGCAUUGUUGUGAACAUGAUGAUGCCCUGGGAUAUUUUCUGCUAAUAUUGUUUUGGUCGAGGGGCAAUUGAGAAAGUGAUGCAUCUGUCGUUGAAGAUAUUGUUGCUUCCUAAGUUCAUGUUCUGAAACCAUAUUGGUUUCAUUGGUUGCAUCUGAAAGACAUUUAUAUCUUCAAGUCCAAUCUUGGUUGUGCUGCUGUUAGAACCGCAAGGGAUGAAGCUGAGGUUCGUUUUGGAACGUGAUUGAUUUAAACCUGAAGAUUACAGUCCAUGUUGCUGUCGCAUUUUGUUUGUUGUUUUGUACACUGAAACCUUGUUAUCUGGUUCAACUUUGCUGCUAUGCAGUUCUUUGCUCUUUUCUUUGUAUCUUUAUUUUACCAUAGAAAACUAACACUCCAGUAGAUUACGACAUUGUCUGGUUCAGGAUUACAUAGUACAAAACUGUAAUUCACUCCCUGUAAUCUAUGCCUAGAAAGUUUGAUGAAGUUAUGCACUGAUCUCCUUAUAUAGUUAAGUUCUUGUAUGACUGCUGGAAUUUUAACCGGUCCAUUUGAUCUGGUUCGUGCAGUGCCAAGUUUUAUACUGUUGCUAAGAUAGUUUUUGUACUGUACUGUGCAUUUGAUCCGAGUAUCCGAC